AUGCUAUUCAUACCUAAAUCUGAUCCUAUAUCUAGAGAAAAUUUUGAAUUUGAAGGAUUUUAUGGAAUUGAUACUGGAGACAAUCGCACCCCUAAAGUUUUAAAAUAUCAACAUUUAUUAAUCCUUCACAAUGGUCAUAUGAUUCAUGUAUCAAAUCCUAAAUUUACUAUCGAUAGAAUUGAUGUCAAUUUUAGAGAAAAACAACUAUUUUUAUGUAUUCCCUUAGAAUAUUAUGUUCAAAGGCAACAGAUAAAUUCUCGUGGAUUAUAUGAAUUGUCAUCAUCUUUUCUUACUCAACGCAUUUAA